AUGCCUGCUAACCCUGUUGAACAACAGUCUGGUCUGCCCGGAUUUAACCUGCCUCUGAACUAUGUACCUCCCGGCUGGUUGAACGUGUUCCGCCCUCGUCUUCUUUAUCCCCAUGCACUCCAAGAAACAGAAGAAUCCACAAAAGUUCAUCGAGAGAUCUUAAUGAUGCGUGUGAUGAACGCCAUUACUGAAAAGGAAGAGUGGAACAAAAAGAUCUUCCAUGAGGAGAUUGUCUCGAAAUGGCGCGAGGAGAUUUUCAACAGUGGCCAAGAUAUCUCUCCCAAAAUGAUGGACUACAUCGUCAAGGAACUUCAAUGGAAAUCCAAGCUCAUCGAAACCGAUGGAUUCAUUACUGCAUUUGAUAAGGGCGUGGUUAAAUCAGAUACCGCAAUUUCAGAAGAACUGCGAAAAGCCCUUGCAGAUGCAGUGGCUCCUCUUGAAGAUGUACCAGACGACCAGAAAGAUUAUCAUCCAGGAUCCGACGAAAAAGUCAUUGAUCUGGUACAUCCGUCGCUCUUUCCGCUGAUAUACGGACGCACUCGUAUAUUGCGCAACGAGUCGGUUACUCUUGAAAACUGCAUCGGUACCACGGGACAGGGAGAAUUACUCCCUGCCUUCUCGGAAAGUUCAGACGACAGAUGGAUGACCGGAGUUGAAAAAGAAUUCUACAGUUGCAAAUUCCAGUGGCUCCCUUGCAACGUUGAAUUGAGUGCCACUGAUUCAGCGGAGCCUGAAUGCCGCAUUGUCUCCUACAUCAACAAUCUUCAUCCUGCUCAGCAUCGUACUUUGUACGGUGUCAUUGAGAAGAUCAUUUCAUGUGCUAUUCCUUUGUGGAAUAGAAGUCUGGCAGGCGAGGGAUCCAAGAACCGGAUCUUGUAUGACGUUGUUGAAUACGACGAGGAAUCGCUCGGUCCGCCGCCGGAGCAAGAGCCCAAUGAACCAGAAGACGAUUUCGAUGAACGCUACUCGGCCUGGGAAUUAUCUUCGAAGAUCAUAAUGCCGGAACCGGAAGAGUUCAAGGAACAUAAAACUGCCCGGGAAUCUCCAAGUUUAAUGAACUUUGGCAAGACCGGACUACAGGUUAUAGUAAAAUUGGCCAAUAUUGAGCUAUCUCCUGAGAAGCCCGAAUAUGACGGAGGAUCGUGGCAUAUUGAAGGUCAAUUGAAUGAACACAUCUGUGCAACCGCUAUCUACUACUACGACAGCGAAAACAUCACAGAAAGCACUCUUGCUUUUCGCCAACGUACCAAUGGGGGUGCACUUGAGCGGCGUGUUCACUAUCCCCAAGAUCGACACGAAUUCCUCCAAGUAAUUUACGGACUUGACGCGGAUGUGACCGGCACAUCUAUCGAAGCCCAGAUAACACAGGAAUUAGGAGGCGUCAUUUGUCGCCAAGGCCGACUUCUCACCUUCCCCAAUGUCGUGCAGCACCGUGUUGCGCCAUUCUCGCUAGAUGAUCGCUCAAGGCCUGGUCACCGGAAAAUCCUUGCUUUGUUCCUCGUUGAUCCCCAUAUCAAGAUUAUUUCCACUGCAAACGUACCUCCGCAGCAAGAGGAUUGGGGGAAAGAAAAGGAAGAUCUGACGCAAGAGUUACUUUCCAAGAGACUUCCUGCUGAGUUGGGAAAUAUGGUUUGCGAUGAAGGUUUGUUGCAACCGUUGAUGACUAUGGAAGAGGCGAAGAAGUUCCGAUUGGAACUUAUGGCGGAGAGGGCUGUGGAUUCUCAGGACCAAAAUAAUACGUUUGAGAAGUACAGUUUCAAUCUCUGUGAACAUUGA